UGCAGGAGGGAACAGUCGAGUCGAACUCGAAGCCAAGUAGCAAAAUCUCCAUAGUGAGUUCCAGUAGUUGGUUCAGAAAAGGCGUGCGCGCAACUCCCGUUGGCAGUUUGUGUUUGGUGAAAUCGGUUCAUAGUUGGUGUUUUGAAAGUGAUGCACGUUGUGAUCCCGGUGGAAUUUCGUCCGAUUUAUUUAGAUUCGUUCUGAGCAAGUGGUGGUGAAGUUUAGUUUUUCACUACGAACAUCCUCCAUUGCUGUUUGGAGGAGAGUGACCAUAUUUUUUUUUGAGACUCCGGUAAAACAAAAAGCCGUCAAAAUUCCGCUGUACAGGGAUCAUUCGUUGUACCUAUACAAGCUCGUUUAUAGAGCUAAUAGGAAGAGAAGAGCCAAGGCAAUGCAUACCAUUGCGUAUAACGCCAAAUUCUUCAUCGAGAACUACUCGCAGGCGGACGACGAUGACGAGCUGUACCUGAACUACGAUUGGUCGUCGGAUUCAAUGUCGAUGAAAAGCAACCUGAGUAGUUCCAGUCAGUACAACGAGAUGGAGGGAAGCGGAGAGCGCCUGUCGUUGGCGUACGAGAAGCUGUCGAAAAUUCCGCGCAAAAUUGCGGAGAAGUUCUCCAAGACGACGACCAUUCUGGAUCUGAGCUACAACGAUAUCAAAGAUCUCUCCUUCCUCAGCCACUUCCGCCAACUGAACACGCUCAUCCUGGACCACAACCCGCAGCCGGACGAGAAAACCCUUCCAUCGUUGCCAAACCUGUCCCUGUUGUGGCUCAAUCACUGUGAUAUCGACAACGUGCAAAAGUGGGUCUACCGGAUACGCGAUUGCUGUCCAUCGCUGCGAUACCUUUCGCUGAUGGGCAACCCCGGAGCGACGUCGUCCUUCAACGGAAACUCCACCCUGGAACACAACGACUACCGCAUGAUGGUGAUCAGUAUUCUGCCCCAGCUGCGCCAUCUGGACGACGUGGAAGUUACCUCCGCCCAGCGAGCUCAGGCCAAGCAGUACAAAUACACCUACAACAUCGGCCAGACGCCGUUCAAUAUCUUCGAGACCAUUGGCCGGGGACAGCAGAUGAGCCGAAAGGCGGCCCAGAGACGGCAACGGAAGAAGGAACAGGAACUGCAGCAGAAACGGGACCACGGUUCCGAUGACUCGUAGUUUCAACCAUUUGACCAAAGUUUACUUCGAAUAUUAGAAUUAAGAGUGAAACUGUAUGACUGCAGAGUACGUAAUUGUUAUGUGUAUAUAUUUUCCAAGUCAUGAUCUGUACUUCUGUACUUCAUCUGAACAUAAUGCCAGUACAAAAAUAAACGAUUUUACCCAUUUACUAA